AUGUGGACCGUGCCCCCUUCAUCCAAGCAGAUGCACUUUUUGCUGCUGUUCAGCCGCCAGGGGAAGCUGCGUCUGCAGAAGUGGUUCACUCCGCUCACAGAUCGAGAGAAGAAGAAGGUGAUCCGGGACAUGAUGCUGAUGGUUCUGUCCCGACCCCCCAGAACCUGCAACUUCCUUCAAUGGAGAGACCUCAAAAUCGUAUACAAGAGAUACGCCAGUCUGUACUUCUGUGCUGGUUUGGAGGACCAGGACAACGAGCUGCUCACUCUGGAGAUUCUGCACAGAUACGUGGAGCUACUCGAUAAAUACUUUGGAAAUGUGUGUGAGCUCGACAUCAUCUUUAAUUUUGAGAAGGCUUACUUCAUUCUGGACGAGUUUCUGAUGGGAGGAGAGGUCCUGGAGACAUCCCGAGUGGCUGUGGCUGGAAGUCUGGAAGAAGCUGACACUUUACAGGAGACAAUGGAGGAAUACAUGAGCCGACCUGCCUACUGAGCUCAGCUCGACUUCAUAAUGGAAC